CAAGUCAGAGGAUCCUCCUGGAACUUGUCAUUGGUCAGCACAGCUCCUAUGCUAAUAAGAGGGUAGCCCCAGCCCAGAAGAGGUUCCAGCGCCCUCCCCUAACUCCCGUCCAGACUCCCUACGGACAGAGCUGGAGGGCACUACUUUGUAUCACUACAGCCCUGUGCCCAUGGUUGACCACCUGAAUGAGCCGGUGCUGCGCUGCUGCAAGCUGCCGCGGUGCCUGUGCUUCCUGCUGCUCCUGGUGAUUCUGAUGGCUCUACUUGUACCCUUGGUCAUCUUCGCUGUCAGGGCCAACAGCAAGCACUGCACGGAUGGCCUCCAAGCAGAGCAGGAGUGUCAGAACCGCACUUGGUACGUGCAGCACCAGCUAACCCAGGCCCAGGAAGUCUUACACAAGAUGGAGGUCCAGGCCGCCACCUGCAACCAGACGGUGGUGACCCUGAGGGAUUCUCUGAAGAUGGAGCAGGCACAGGUGGCAGAGCUUCAGGGAGAGGUCAAGAUUUUGAAGCAGAAACUGGAGGACACUUUGGCGGAGGUGCAGCGACUAAGAAGAGGGAGUGAGGCCUCAGCUGAGAACAACUCUUCUAGCUGCUCGAGCGUCCUGUUCGCUGUGGUCGUGGUCGUGGUCCUCGAGGCUCUGCUGAUCUGAGGUCCCAGAAAGCCGGCCGGCCACAACCUGGACUGGUCCGGUUCCCUCUCUGCUUCCCCCUUUGAGGCUUCCUGACCUGGCCCGUUCUGAGGGGACCACAUGGCAACACGGCUGUGGGGAGGAGAGGGGGGAUGGGGUAGCCUAAGGGGUCCAUGGGGCAGCUCUGGAGGGAUACCUUGGGCAUGGAGAAGUAGCAGAGUUGGCCCAAGGCUGCCCUAGAGCUGAGGAGGGCAUGGGGGUGGAAGGUGGGGCACCUGCUUCUUGCUGACACGGUUCUAGAAAGUCACUUUCUUCUGGGGUCUUUGGGCUCCGAAAAAGUAAACACCCCUCUGGGGGGGGG